CCGGCAGACGGUUAGUGACAUCCGAACGGUCAACGGACGAGGUUCAGCAUCGACAAUCCGGUACGACGUGUUUACGUCGUAGUUCUUUCAGAAUAAUAAUCAUAAUUCGUCCUCUGUGGUAUAACGGUAUCGUAUACAUAAACCGCAACCGUGUGAGCAUUCUGGGCGACGAUCUACAUCAAUAGACGCGUCACUAACAGAGGCAAUAGCCAAAACAGCGCAAGAGCACUAGAGCAUGGAAACGAGCAACGGCCGAACGAUGCGUUCACUGACUGUAAUGAUGUUCUUGGUGGCAUUGGCCACGGGCCAGCAGUCCAUGUCGUUUCCGGACAGCGAGGACAGCGGCGUUGGUGUAGCGGACAACGGAACGACGUCGGGCGACGCUGGUCCCGGACACAGGAGCGGGAAGAACCUAUUCAACUGGUUGGGUAGUUUCUCGGACGAGGGCGCUGAUCCGUACUUGUCGUCGGCCAAUGGCGCAUGUCUGCAGGGUGACAUGGCCGAGUGUUUCAAGGCCCGCGCCCUGUCCGGCCUGGGCGACUUCUUUGUCCGGGACUCGUACCGGCUUAACGAGAACGUGCGGGUGAUACGCCUGCGCGAUGAAGACGACGACGGUGGCCGGCAUGCGUCCAGGGCGUUCGAGUUCUCGACGGAACAGCGGCCCGAGGACACCGAGUGGGACAAGCUGGUGAAGUUUGCCACGCGCAAGGCCGAGCGGUUCCUGCGAUCGGCCGCCGUCGAGGUGCACGUGCCCGACGAGUUGACCGAGGGCGGCAGGUACUCGCCCAGGUUCAUCGACGAGAUUUCCUCCGAGCUGGACACGCUCGAAGACAAGAAGGCCAGCGUCAUUACCAAGAAGAAGGUGAAGAAAUUGCUGAUUCCGUUGCUGAUCGUACUCAAGCUGUUCAAGUUGAAGCUCCUCCUUUUCCUGCCGCUCAUCCUGGGUUUGGCUUCGUUUAAGAAGGUGCUCGGUUUCCUGGCGCUGGUCGUGCCCGGUCUCAUUGGGUUCUUUAAGCUGUGUAAGCCCGACCUCCAACAUAACUACGGCACGUUUGGGCACAGUAGCUACUAUCAUAGGCCGUCUAACGGUGGGGCCCAUUCCGGACCCGUGUACUCACCAUACCGCGAACACCAGGAGCCACAAUACCACCGCGAGCACCUGGAACAACCACAGUACCAUCGUGAACAUCCGGUUGAUCCUCAACAGUAUCUGUAUGAGUCGGCCGACGCACAGCCGUAUAACAGCCGGCCGGCCCGAAAUCAGCCGGAUGUCAAAGCACCGUCUACCGGUUCGGUCGCGUUCAAGGAUGAAGCCAACGACAUGGCGUACAACGGCUACAACAGACAACAGCGGCGAUAAAACAAUAAUAUUAUUUGUACCUAUUGCUACAGUAGACACUCCAUCGUCCCCGUUAUUGCGAGAUAACGAUGUACAUAGAUCGCUUGUUAACUCUUCGUAAACUAUGUGGUCCCUAUCGCGCAUUCUCUCUGUGUCCGCCGACUUGUCUUUCUGUACCUACGUUUUGCACUCAUAAAUCUACAACUAUUUUCGUAUUUUACAAUAUAUUAUAAAAAAUAUUAUAUUGUACGACGCGUUAACAUCGCGAUCUAAUAAAUUUCUAACGAGCGAUUUUGACUCGUCGGGAAAUCUCGUAAUUUUAAACUAUUUUAUCCUUGUGUUUACAUACAAUUUGUUACAUACUAUUUGUUAGCGAUAAACGUCGUGACAGUUCGUUCUGUUUAGCCACAUAAAAUAAAUAAGUAGUGCGCGUUUUCAACACAGAGCUUGUAGUUCCUCGUAAACAUGGCCACAGAAUACAAAAAUAUAUUCCACUGUUUGCUGUGACUGCAGUAUAACAUACAAUUAUAAGACCUUAUUAUUAUUAUUAUUAUUAUUAUUAUUUUAUAUAUUUUCGUGAAGCGUGACAACUAUGUACGAUAUUUUGUAUAAUUUAACAUGAUUUUGUAUUUUAU